AUGUCCUCGGAAGAAAUGAAAAACCUCCACCUGGAAGAACAGUCCCUGGAGCCAGAAACCAAAGAGGUGAAUGGGAUCCUCAUGUCCAAGAUGAUAAGUGAUAAUUGGGACAAAAUCUGGAACUUCCAAGCAAAGCCAGAUGACCUCCUCAUUGCGACCUAUGCAAAGGCAGGUACCACCUGGACACAGGAAAUUGUGGACAUGAUCCAAAAUGAUGGGGAUGUGCAAAAGUGCCAGCGUGCCAACACCUUUGACCGUCACCCUUUCCUCGAGUGGACAUUGCCUCCACCCCUCAACUCGGGUCUGGAUCUGGCUAACAAAAUGCCUUCACCUCGAACCCUGAAGACUCAUCUGCCCGUUCAGAUGCUGCCCCCUUCCUUCUGGAAAGAAAACUCAAAGAUUAUCUAUGUGGCCAGAAAUGCCAAGGACUGCCUGGUAUCUUACUACCAUUUCUCAAGAAUGAAUAAAAUGCUGCCUGACCCUGGUACAUGGGAAGAAUACGUUGAAACAUUCAAAGCUGGAAAAGUGCUGUGGGGCUCCUGGUAUGACCAUGUAAAGGGAUGGUGGGAUGUGAAAGACCAGCACCGCAUUCUCUACCUCUUCUAUGAAGACAUGAAAGAGGACCCAAAGAGAGAAAUUGAGAAGAUUGUAAAAUUCCUGGAAAGAGACAUAUCGGAGGAAGUUCUAAAUAAAAUCAUCUACCAUACCUCCUUUGAAGUAAUGAAGGAAAACCCGAUGGCCAACUAUACCACUCUACCUGCCAGCAUCAUGGACCACUCUAUCUCCCCUUUCAUGAGGAAAGGGAUGCCUGGAGACUGGAAGAACUACUUUACUGUGGCACAAAGUGAAGACUUUGAUGAAGACUACAAAAGGAAGAUGGCAGGGAGCACUAUUACUUUCCGCACAGAGAUCUGA